AUGGCCGUCCGCGCGCAAUUCGAGAACUCGAACGAGGUUGGCGUCUUCGCCCGUCUCACAAACUCCUACGCCAUCGUCGCCGUCGGCGCCUCCGAGAACUUCUACUCCGUCUUCGAGUCCGAACUGCAAGACGUCAUCCCCAUCUGCCACGCCACCAUCGCCGGUACCCGCAUCGUCGGCCGGCUGACGGUGGGCAACAAGAACGGGCUGUUGGUGCCGACCACCACGACCGACCAGGAGCUGCAGCACCUGCGGAAUACGCUGCCGGACGCGGUGAAAAUCCAGCGGAUAGAGGAGCGGCUGAGUGCGCUGGGGAAUGUAAUCUGCUGCAAUGACCAUGUUGCGCUGGUGCAUCCGGAUUUGGAGCGUGAAACGGAGGAGAUCAUCGCCGACGUCCUCGGCGUCGAGGUCUUCCGCCAAACAGUCGCCGACAACGUCCUGACAGGCUCGUACAUGGCGCUCUCUAACCAAGGUGGUCUCGUGCACCCCAAGACCUCCAUCCGCGACCAAGACGAGCUCUCCUCGCUGCUGCAAGUCCCGCUGGUCGCCGGUUCCGUGAACCGCGGCUCGCCCGUCGUCGGCGCCGGCAUGGUCGUGAACGACUGGCUGGCUGUGACGGGCUUGGAUACCACGGCGACAGAGCUGAGUGUUGUGGAGAGCGUGUUCCGGCUCGGUGAGAUGGCGCCUGGUGGCGCUGGUGCUGGCGUGAAUAAGGAGAGUAUUGUGGAGAGCUUCUACUAG